AUAGUGUGCACAUCACGACAGUCAUAAACGCGAAUGCUGCAAGGGGACAUCCCAUUUAUACAUGGCGGAGAACAACACGAUAUUAGUCCGAUGGCCUCUGGGAGAUCUCGAGAACCAAGAACGUUGAAGUACAACUUCCAUCUGGGGGAGCUGGUCCUGUGUUUCGAGCCGGAUCCGACCAAAGCUAGGGUGCUCUACGAUGCAAAGAUUUUGGACACAGCUUAUGUGAAAGAUAAAUCGGGACGGAACAUGCCUGCUUAUCGAAUUCACUUUCAGGGAUGGAACAGCAGCUGGGACAGAACUGUUGGUGAGAACUACAUCUUAAAAGGCACCGAGGAAAACCGAACUCUAAUGAAGCAGUUGGCAGAGACUGCAAAGUGCUAUCGUAACAACAAGGCCCGCAAGAACAAAAUUGACGACAUUUUAGAGAAGGCCUUUAAACAUAAACCUCUGUCAUUUGACAGUAGUAGCGACUGUGAGUCAAGUGAGGAAUCCUCAGAGCCAGAUGGAGAUGCUAACAGAAACAACGGUCGGAAUGGAACCAAUGGAAAUAGAGAUGACGACGAGGAUGAGAACGAAGAAGAAAGUAAUGAUGUCGAGUCUGGAAUCGAGCUGACCAUUCCAAAAGUUCUUCGCCAGAAACUGGAAGAAGAUUGCUACAUGAUUAACAAAAAGAAGAAAUUCCUGCGUCUUCCAGCCGAAAUUAAUGUUGUGUCGGUAUUAGAAGGUUAUGUCAAAAAUUUUUCCGUCAAUGUUCUCUAUGGUUUGUCUGACCGUUGUAAACAGAGAGGAAACGGUAAAAACCCUGCCAUCAAUAUCAAAAGCAUUCCUAUAUGUCGGGAAGUAGUAGAUGGAAUUCGUGUCUGUUUUGACUUCUCUUUAUCAACUAUUUUAUUGUACAGUUUUGAAAAAGAUCAUUAUUCAAAGUUUAUUAGUCAUCGUUACAGCCAACAGAAACUGUCAUCGCCUCAGCCUGACACUUCCAGUUGUAGUCCUGUUAAUAAUAACACAAACAAUUGCAGCAGCCAGUGUACCCCAGAAUUCAGUUCUUCUUGCGAAACGGGUCAAAGAGAUAAAAUUCGCAGAAUAUCCGAGAACUGUGUGGCGAGGUCAAACUCUGAGGAAAUCUCAACGGACAGCGAGUGUUCAGUGUCUGUGGUUUCGGCACCACUGACGCGGCGGGUGACGAGACAGUCUGUCGCGGAAACGGCUAGAAUCAGUCGGAAAUCGAAGCAAAAGAAACGAAUUAGUUCACGGAACACGGGUAGGUGGAAGCCGGUUGCUAAGUGCAGCAACAGUAGUACGGAAAUCUCAAGUGAUGGCUGUGGUAAUGACAACAUCAAUGGCAGCGGCGAUUUCUCGGUGCCGUCUGCUAGCCUUUCCGCGACUCUUAGUUCUUCUAUGUGCAGCAAAGAUUCUAAACAAACUGCCAAUCAAACGGACAGUUGGACGAAUUGCCCCACCGAGGCUUCAUUUCCGCAACACCAGCUGCACGAUCAGCUGCAGUGGAACACACAGGGUGCAGUGAAGACCGAGACUGUUGACGCUGCAUCUUCAUCCUCUCCCACAACACCUUGCAUGGCUUAUUUCUGUGAUUCGCAUUUGAAAAUUGAGGACAAUCUGCCAUUACCAUCAUCCCCUUGCCCUCAAAUUGCUGCUGUGAUCAACCCGUCUUGUGCAGAAUCAAAUAUGUUGUCACUUCGUCAGGCAUUAUUAAGUUCCUGUCAUCGUUCACCUUGUCAGGAUCUUCUCAAAGAGGUCUUCCAUUCACAAACGGAUCAAAGUAGUAUUGAUGAAAUCUUCACGUGGAGAUUGUUACCUCAAUCUUUCUAUAGUCAAUGUCCUCCACAACCCUCCAUCAUCUGUGGUCCUCAGCAAUUGUUACGUUUAUUUGUUAAAUUACCAGAAGUGCUUGGCAAAAUGGACUUGCCUGAACUAAAACUUGGAAUACUUCUUGGAUAUUUGGAAAAUUUCCUAGAAUAUAUGGCAGCAAGACAUGAAGAUUUGUUUCCAGCUUCUGCUUAUGUUGAUGCAGUGUAAAACAGAUGUCUUUUGUUAUUAAUAUUAUUAUUAUUAUUAUUAUCAUCAUUAUUUCUAGAUCAGCAGAGUGGUUGAAAGGGUUAGAAUGGCCGGACUAAAUGCCUUGCAAUAUUAUUUUAGUUAUAUCCUUUGACAUUCAGAGUGCAGGUCCUGCUGCUUGGUGGGUGCAAAAUGUGUUUGUGUGUAUGUGUGUGUGUGUGUGUGGAGUUUGGUUGACUUUGGGAUUGAAAAACAAAGAUAGAACACCAGUACCAGUUAAAUACUAGGGUUGAUUUACUUGAAUGCAUUCCCUCCCUCUCCUCUAAUGUGUGGCUUUGUGCCUAAGUUAGAAAGUAUUAUUAUUAUUAUUAUUAUUAUUAUUAUUAUUAUUAUUCUAUGUUUGACCUUUGCUUUACAUUUGUACAAGUUG